AUGGUAACUACUACUAAUAGAUUAGAUGUUACCUUUUUUGAUCGUUGUGUAUCUCUGUUUGUUGGAAAGAGAUCGAUUUCUUUAAACUAA